AACAACGCACGCGUUCGACGCGAACCGACCAGAAAUUUUAACGUGAGUAACACGUUUUCUCUUUAUUUACUAUAACGUCAUCGUUUCAAGUAGUUGUGCAGGUUAUUGGCAGCAUUUGCGGAGAUUUUUUUGUUUCGUUGAUGUAAAUUUUUUUCGCACGUUUUCGUCUCUGUGGUGAUCUCGUUGCCGCGAUAAAACUUAUUUUUAAUUUUGUAUUUUUUUGGUUCAAUUUUUUUUUAUUAUAAUGGUUUUAAACGGUUAUCGAUUGAUCGAGUUCGUUACAUCGAGUGAUUUUCACCUAAUUGACUCGGAGUACUGAGACGAAGCUCGUGAUCUGCAUUAAUUGGAUCAAAGAUCAGGUUGGAUUUGUAAUCAUUGUCCUAUGAUACUGUGAAAGGAGCCAUGUCCGAAGAAGAGGAACCAACAAAUUCUCAAACGCAGCAAGAAGAGAACACGUCCGUGAAUUUGACAUCUACCAAGGUAUACAAAAAAUCAGCACAAAAUAACAAAAUCAUAUUAUAUUUAGGCACUAGAGAUAUCGUAGUAUCGGACAAAUCAGCAGAUAAAAUACAAGGAGUCGUUUACGUCGAUCCGGAUUACCUCAAAGACAAAAAAGUCUACGGGCAAGUAACGUUGACUUUUCGAUACGGCAGAGAAGACGAAGAAGUAAUGGGACUAAAAUUUUGUAACGAAGCAAUUAUGUGUUUAGUGCAGCUGCAUCCACCGCAUGAAAAACUUCCUAAAGCACCAUUGACUCCGUUACAGGAAGCGCUGCUCAAACGACUCGGACCAAAUGCCCACCCGUUCAUGAUGGAAGUUACACCGAUGGCACCACCCAGCGUGCAGCUAGUUCCGGCCAAAGAAUAUAAUGGAGCUCCUAUAGGCACCAGUUACGAUAUCAGAGCAUUUGCAGCGACUCGAGCCGAUGAAAAACUACACAGGAGGAAUUACGUCAGAAUGGGCAUCCGGGUAAUACAACGGGCAGCGAUGCCUCCUCAGUCAUCCAACAAUAAUUCGUCACAAGUACCUCAGUCCGAUGUGCCUGCUCCACAUGUAGUGCUCAACAAACCAUUCCUUCUGAGCGAGGGUAAAGUGAAAUUGGAAGCCUCUUUAGAUAAAGCUGUUUACUCACAUGGCGACAGUAUCCAAGUUAAUGUAUCAAUCACCAAUGAAACCAAAAAGACGGUUCGACGUUUAAAGAUACUAGUCAUUCAACACGUCGACGUUUGCAUGUUCUCAAAUGGCAAAUUCAAAAAUGUUGUAGCCAUGAUCGACAGCAAAGAAGAUUGUCCAUUACGGCCAGGAGCCACAUUAACUAAAACUUUCGUUUUGAAUCCGGCCAAAGGUGUGACCAAGAACUGGAUCGCUCUUGAAGAUUCGUACGUCAGAGCUCCAUCAUCACUGGCGGCGACUGUAGUUUGUAAUUCUCCCGACGAACGAAAUGUGUUCGCUAUUUACGUGUCAUACUAUGUGAAAAUAAAAACUCAAGUUGGUGCUCUUGGUAGCGACGUCUCAGUCAAGUUACCAUUUGCGUUGACUCCUUCUCCAGCCGAUGCUGAGCUGCUGGACCAGUCUCCGGAAAGAUACUCGCCCAUUCAGAGCACAUCCGCGGAUCACGUAACACCCGGAACAAGCUUUGCCCAGGAUAUGAUAACUGUCGAUACAACGCAGCCAGAAAGAUGACCUUCGAUUGACACUAACCCUGAUGAGGGUGAGAUGAAUUCCAUAAAGACUAGACGUCAUCGUACUAGACAGCCUACCAACGACUUAGCUAGCAGGUUCAAUAUACAAAACGCGCUAUGUUGUAUGAUGUUCUGCAGAAGAAAAGAAACAACUUGAGAGUGUGUUGAGUCGAGAUACCGAGUGAUCUCAGUCGAUAUAAUAUUUUUCUUCACUGCACAAUAAUCAUCUCAUCGUGUUUCCAAUGAUCUUGUGCAGUACAUUGAAAGAAAUGGUACUUAUCUGUGUUGUUUUCUACUGCGUUAUUUACUUUUAUUUUUCGUCAUCGUGCGUAAUCUAUAUUAUGGAUUUUUAAAUGGGGAAUUUUCUUCGUUAAAUGAUCUAAAAAUAUGUACUGUAUUGUUAGACCCGUUCGCGUACGAGUGUUGUGUGAAUAUAGUGGGUGUCUAAGCAUUGUUUUUCUAUGCAAAUGUUGUCCCGGUGAACCCGGUGAACCCUCACACAACGAAAGAAAAAACGCUUCGACUACGAAAUAUUAGUUAAAUUCACGCUGUACCCGUACGCUUAUUAAAACCGAAUAUCUCACCAUGAACCGGUCUAUUAUUAUAAACGAUUAUCUAUAUAGUGAGCUAAUACAAUAUUUAUGUUCACUGCCCUUUUUUUUUCUCAACGUGAAACGUUGAAUUAUGCCGAAGGUCUAUCCAAUAUGAAACAAAAAUACAUCAAAACUAUCGUUAAUUUUUUCUCCUUUUUUAUUAAUCGACGCAAUUAGCAUAAUAAUUCACGCCAAUUUUUAAUUAAAUCGGCAAGCUCAAUAUUACCUCGAAAGUCGAAACAAUCCCCAUAUUCUUCUUUGUAAUGGCUACGCGUAGCAUCAAGACGAUUAAUUUACACAUAUCCCUAGCGUUAUUGUAAAUAAAAUGAAAAAUCUUUCUGUUACAACUGACUCUUCAAUGUGUAGAUAGAUUAAGGUAAUAUUUAUGUUCUAGAAAUAGAUUAUCAAUCAUAUGGUAAUAUAGGUACCUUUGUACACUAUACGUUUAGCGAACCCAAUGAAUUCUAUGUGUAUUUUCCCCUUUUUUCUUUAUAUAAUGUGUCGUCAAUUUUCGUUAGUGUUUUUAGUACAUAAUCGUAUUAACAAUCGGCGAAUUUUUUCAUAAUAAAUAAAUUUGUUUGAAAAAUGA